AUGGCCUGCCAGAGACAUGAUACACCAAACAGGCUGAGGGAAGGGCUGAGCUGCAUGCUGGUUGGUGAUGGAGCGGUGGGCAAGACCAGCAUGAUUGUCAGUUACAUCUUCAAUGGAUACAACAGCGACUACAGACAAACAGCGUUUGAUGUUUUUACUGGUAUGGUUCACGUGAAUGGCGUUCCAACUCGUAUCAAACUGAUAGAUACCGCUGGACAGGAGGAGUUUGGCCAUCUUCGCUCUCUGUGCUAUGCCCACGUGGACGUCUUCAUUCUCUGCUUCAGCCUGGUAAAUCCUGUCUCCUUUGACAACAUCACCUCCAAAUGGAUCCCACAAAUCCGAGCCGGCAACAAAACCUCUCCCAUCCUUCUGGUUGGAACUCAGUCAGACCUUCGCCACAAUGUGGAAGUCCUCAUUCAUCUGGACCAGCGAAGCGCCAAACCAGUGCCCUUCAGCCGGGCCAGAAGGCUGGCCCACAGGAUCAGAGCUCAUGGCUAUGUGGAGUGUUCUACUCUGACACAACACAACCUCAAAGAUGUGUUUGACUGUGCUAUAUUUGCUGCCAUCAGGCACAGACACACUGGCAAAACCUCUACAAAGCUCAGCUUGCUGAAACGUUUCAAGAUUUUGUGUGAUUGUGGAUGGAGGAACAUCUUCAGAUUCAUCUGA